CAGAGCAGCAUGGGCCUGAAAUUCCAAAAGAUCCUCGUUUUGGGUGGGAUAGUAAUAGGAUUCCUGUCUGUCACUGUUAUCCUGGUGGGAACUUUGCUGAGAAGUUCCAUACCCAAUGUAUUGGCACCGGAAGAACGGCAAUUUGCAUUUGACUAUGUAAUUGUUGGAGCUGGCACUGGAGGAACCACACUGACAUCUCUGCUAGCAAAGCACAGCAAUGGAAGUGUCCUCCUUAUUGAGGCUGGCGGUCAAUUUGGCCUUUUAAGCAGGAUUCCCCUGCUAACCACAUUCCAGCAGAAGGGCAUCAACGACUGGUCUUUCCUUUCCGUUCCCCAGAAACACUCCUCCAAAGGACUUAUUGACCGAAGACAGUGCCUCCCGAGAGGCAAAGGACUUGGUGGUUCAGCCAAUCUCAAUUACAUGCUACACUUUGAUGGUCACGGACCGGAUUUUGAUUCCUGGCGGGAUCUCCACAAUCUAAGCGACUGGGGCUGGGAUCAGAUGAGAUCCUUUAUGGUUGCUGCUAAACCAAGAUCCUCGAAUAUGUUUGAGAUCCCUCGAAGGUACUCCAAAAUAACGGAAGCUCUGGACGAGGCACAGGCGCAGUUUAGCCACAAAGAUUGGAUUUUUCGGCGAUCUGUGUAUAAUAUAAGGAAUGGCCUGCGUUAUUCAGUGGUUCAGCAAUUCUUGAACCCAGUACUUCAUCAUUCCAACCUUCGCCUGCUGCCCGAAGCGUUGGUAAAGCGGAUUCAACUUUCCCCCAGCCCAUUUCCACAUGCCACCUCAAUUUUGGUGGGGAUUAAAGAUGAAGAGAACAGGGAACAGGAAUUCAGCAUCGAGGUGAGAAGGGAGUUAAUCCUUGGCGCUGGAGCUUACCAAACACCACAGCUUCUUUUGGCCUCUGGAAUCGGAGAUAAAUCCGAAUUGGAGAAGAUGGGAAUUCCCGUCCAGCAUAAUUUACUUUCGGUGGGUCACAAUCUACACGAUCACUUCAAUCUCCCACUUUUUGUUUCGAUCGGAGUAACUGGACCCACUCUAAAUCAGAACACGUUCUUGAAUCCAAUGACACUAAUCAAUUUUCUAAGUUCUGGAACGGGACCACUGGCAAAUUUUGGAGUGCUGGGAAACGUGGCCACUUACGGUGCAUCAGGAUCUUCGCCAUUUAGCAUCACCUUCUUUGGAGCCGGUGCCAUUGACGAGUCUGCUCUAAUGUCCAUAUCCAAUUUUAAGGGUCCGGCAUUCCGGGCUCUCUUUCCCCGAUAUUAUAACGCUUCCCAGGAAGGAUUCGUGGUCAUAUCUAACUGCCUGCAGCCAAAAUCACGAGGAUCCGUGGGAAUCCUUAAUCGUCACAUGCGAAGAAAUCCCCUGAUAGAUCCAAACUACCUUAGCAACGAGGACGAUGUAGAUUGCACCAUUAAAGCAAUUCGAAGUGCUGUGGAGAUCGUCACGUCCUCAGCCUUUGCCUUACUACAACCCCGCAUACAUUGGCCCCGAUUGCAGGAGUGCUCCAACUUUGGCCCCUUCGAGCGGGACUUUUUCGAAAACCAACCAUCGGAUCACUAUUUGGAAUGUUUGUUGCGGCAUAUCGGGCUCGGAUCGCAUCAUCCCGGAGGCACAUGUGCCCUGGGCAGUGUUGUGGACUCGCAGUUGAGAUUACAAGGUGUGUCCAAUGUGCGCGUGGUGGAUGCCAGCAUCUUGCCCCGUCCCGUUUCGGGAAAUCCCAACUCGGUGGUCGCCGCCAUUGCGAUGAGAGCCGCUUCUUGGAUACUAAAGAGCGAACUGCAGGCCGGUGAUUUGAAAUGAAUCAAAUUCUCUGUGAGAUUGUUGCAAAUGCGUUCAAGUUGAGGGACAAUCACACUGAACAAAACAUAGCCCAAUAAUUAUUUAUAUUUAUAAACUUUUUGUUUAAUAAUAAAAUUGAUUUAAUGUUGAAAAUAUCAUAA